AGCUCUAGCACGAGUGGCUGCAUUUUGGUCUGUUCUGCCGGGCCUAGUGCAGGAGCUCAGGCCAAACCAGUGGCCUCCUAUGAAUUUUAUCAAACGCAACUCAGACGAUGCCGUCCAGGCGAGGUUGAGAACCACGCCCAGCACUGCCUGGUCCAGCCCCUGGGAAGGAAGGCAGGGCCCGGAGCCCCUCCUGCCGCCAGCAGUGUCCCUGUCUUGGAAGGUUGUCUUUUCAGGGAUGCUUGUGCAGCAGACAGCCUUGGAAGAAAGAGAGAGGGUCUCACACAGGAGCUCAAGACAGGAAUUCUGAUUUCUCCUUCCCCAAUCCUGAGGGUGGAGCCGUGAGGAAUCUGGGCUGACUGCAGGGUCCCACCUGCCAGGAGCAAGAACAGCUCCUUCCUGAGGCCCGGUCGUCACUGUUUCCUGCUGAUCACCCGAAAGUGAACACCCAAAGCAUGCGAGGAACACCUUUUGUUCCCAACAGGCCUGGAAAGAGCCCUGCCCAGCCUGCUGGGGAGGCGAGCUGUUCCUGCAGCAACUUGUAAGCAAAGCGUCUCAGUAAAAC